AUGUUUGAGAAGCGGGCAUAUAUACUUGGAUAUGAUCUUGAAGAAACCGUGAAACCAAAUGUUGAUUGUUUGAUGAGUUUUGGGAUUAGCAAAGAAGCGCUUGCUUCUGUUAUUGCACAGUAUCCACAAAUUCUUGGAUUGCCUUUGAAGGCUAAAUUGUCAUCGCAACAAUUCUUUUUCAACUUGAAGCUCAAGAUUGAUCCCGAUGGAUUUGCUCGUGUGAUUGAAAAGAUGCCACAGAUUGUUAGCCUCAAGCAAAAUGUGAUUAUGAAACCUGUUGACUUCUUUCUUGGUCGGGGUAUUCCCGCUAAUGAUGUGGCAAAAAUGGUCGUUAAGUGUCCCCAAUUACUUUCUCUGCAAGUUGGGCUCAUGAAAAACAGUUAUUACUAUUUCAAGAGUGAAAUGGGCAGACCAGCGAAAGAGCUUGUAGAGUUCCCCGAGUACUUUACUUAUAGCUUGGAGCUAAGGAUUAAACCAAGGUACCAAAGGUUACAAAGCAAGGGGAUUAGAUGUUCUCUCGCAUGGUUCCUCAAUUGUAGCGAUCUGAGAUUUGAAGAGAGAUUGAAAGGUGAAUAUAUUGAGGCAGAGAGUUUUGGUCCAACAUUUAUUAUGGGUGGCAAGUUGGAGCUUCCUGGGAGUGAGAUUGUAUCAGAAGAGGAGUAUGAGAGCGAUGAUGAAAUACUUUAUAGACGCACUGUUUCCUUGUAA